CUCAAAACCCAUUGGGAGAGAAGGACAGCGGGGAGGAACCUUGGUAUGCUCUUCCAAUGGCUUUUGAGAGUCUAGGAAGGAGGAAAAGUUACUUUUGGAGUUGAUCACACAAUUAAAACUUCAUGAGAGAGUGUCUGGCUGGAAUCACAUUCAGCUAUGUCAGUUCUUAAUGAUUAUGAAACCAUAAUUCGGAGGUUAGUAGAGGAAUUGGGAUACACAUGUAGUGAAGUGAAACAUGUUCUGGAGACGCAAUAUGGAAUUGAGAGGGGAGCUAGCACUUCGUCCAUCUAUCAGUUCUGCGCUGCACGAGAUAUACAUCGCUAUGACUACUCACGACUUGGAAGAGAAGGUGUUAAUGCUAUCGUUGCAGCGGUCACUAGAAGUGGACCAGUUUGUGGCAGGAAGGUCAUGACAGGUAUGCUAAGAGCUGCUGGCUUCAGGUUGGGAGAGAGAAGCGUCAGACAGGCACAGAUACUGAUGAAACCAGUCUACACUCAAAUGCGAAGAGAGGGCACCGCCAGCCAGAUGAAUCCUCAUGUGUACCCUACAGAAUAUGUGGGACAACAACUUUACAUGGAUCAAAAUGAGAAGCUCAAUGAUUUUGGUGUCACUGAAGUUCUGGCAUCUGACAGUUUCAGUGGCAAAAUUUUGGGGUUUUCAGUAAUGCCAAUCAAGAACAACCUGACCAUUUAUGAGGAGAUCUACAGAGACAUCUGUCUGAAACACGGCUUGUUCGAUCAGUUAAGUGUUGACUACGGUAAGGAAUUCUACCUGUGUCUAUACCAGCAAGACAACCUCCAAGCACAUCGCACCAAUAUCAACAGGCCCCCUUACAUUCAGAGUGAAUCCAGACAGAAUCAAGAAGCAGAGAGGAAGUGGGUUGAAAUCAAUGCCAGGGUAAAUGACCCCAUCGAGCACGCACUAUGCAGCAUGACAAGCGAUGGUUUGUUGGACAUUGAUGACCUGUGUACCAAGUUCUGCGUCUCCUCGUUUGCAAGAAGAUGCUGCACAACUGGAAUAGAUAACUUAAUUCCAGCAUUGAAUGCCCAUACCAUUUCCCGCCAAGGCAUUCCAGAUGUUUUGUUUGCCAACCACCUAAAGGCAGCGAGAAUCACUGAAGAUCUCCUCCCCCCAGCCAACGUUCUAGCAGCAGAUUACAUCAGACACGGAGGAAGCCUUACCCACCCCGAGGUCUUCGGGAACGACCCCCUUGAUGGCCAGCUUGACCUUCAGCAACAGAGAGAGGACAUCUUCUCAACUCAUUAUCCUUCUUUUGAGAACAUAUUUUACAGUGCAGUUAAUGGCCAUUAUAACGUUUUUAAAGAUGCUCUUCUGACCUACAUCGACAUAACUCACAGAAUGAGUUAAAAGCAAAGUGACAUUUGGAACAUAUGGCAAAAGACAAUAGGCUACAAAGGCAAAUUUCCAGCAGUGAAAAAAUAAUGAAAAUGUUAUUGAGUGUCAGUUGUUGAGUACUUGGACCUGUAGGCCUUUCUGACACCCUACCUGACAAAUAUAUUAUAAUACUAUUAGAAAACUGUGCCUAAAAAGUUGUUACAAGGAACAUUUCGAUCUGUUCUUAAAUAUUUAAUUUCACCUCGGAGAGCACCACGGCUGCCCCUCUCGGUCUCUCGAACACAGAGGAAGAUUUGGCCUCGGUUUAUCCUCAGUUGGGGAUCUUGAGUGGCGCAGCGGUCUAAGGCACUGCAGUGUUAGAGGUGUCACUACAGACCAGGUUCAAUCCCGGGCUGUAUCACAACCGGCCGUGACCAGGAGUCCCAUAGGGCGGCGCACAAUUGGCCCAGCCUCGUCCGGGUUAGGGAAUGGUUUGGCCAGGGUAGAAUUUGUUCUUAACUGACUUGUCUAGUUAAAUAAAGUUAAAAUAAAAAAAUACUAACCCAGAUUAGCCUACUCAUAAGGGGAACCAAAAACUGACCACUAUGACAUAGGCUAUCUGUGAAGCAUGGCUCGUAAUACAUGUUUGCAUCCUUUUGGAAUCCAGCCGCCAUCAUCAAAACCGCCCGUAGAGGGGUAAACACAUAGGCUAGUAAAAAGGGAAUUAGAGUAUCAACAAAACAGACCAAACGAAAUGCUUUGCAAUAUAAGGACCUUCCAAAGGAGGCUAAUGUAAAAACUAAGUAUAUUUUCACACAAUUAAACAAACAUUUUCGUGCAAGCCAUCUAUCUGUGAUUUGUUCAAGGAUGGGAGGAAAGAAGGAUGCAUACAGGUAGGAUCUUAAUUUGAGACAGUUUGUUACAGCAGGAAAAUAAUCCUGAGGUGUUGAUACAUUUUUCGUCAGGGCAAGUCUGAAAUGUCUAAGAGGAAAUUACACACUUUACAAGCAUUUUUAAACUCAAAUACACCACAAGUUUGCAUUUCCUGCAGUGCAGGAAAAUUCUCAGCAACAAAAGUGUGAUCAAAUUAAUAUUCUACAUCUGUAGGGCCUAGGCUAUCCCAAAACAGGGACACCGUCUCUACUAUAGACGGUGCGUUUGUCUCAGCUAUACCGCUAACUUAUGCUACCAUUUGUUCACCGUACAUAGAAGCCUAGACAUAUAGGUUAUAGUAAUGCACUGUAAAAUUGCUCUCUCAUGCGGGGCUUUACCCGAAACCCAGGCCCCCUGCCCAUGGCCAUGCAAUUACAUCAAGUGAUCCAACAGAUUGUGUACAACAUUAUUGAGAUGAUUUGAAAUAUUGAAGUUAAAACUGUUAUUAUGACAGUUUGACAUAAGUCCUUCAGCACAUGGCUCUGUCCGAGGGAUAAAAUACAGUUCCUACAAAGCAGAGGCUCCUAGCAUCAGGUUUUCAGUCAUCCCAGAUGUAAAAGCUGUCAUAGAGGUCAAGGCUAUUACUAUAUUAGCAAUUAAACUGGACAACCUUCUAUUCAACACCUUCUAUUCAACACCUUCUAUUCAACUCGUUCAUAGGCAGACAGAAAUACUUUCCAUUUUUUCCAAUUAUUAAAUCAGACUUCCAAUUGUGAGACUGGAUGAAACAUUUGUAAAUACGUAAGUUGUGUUUCACUUCAAAACAUUGAUGUUUGAUUGGGCCAUGUAAUGGAUUUGUCACUUGUCCUGACUCUUCUAAACGCUUGGCUAGAACCAGACAUGGGCAGCAUCUAUGUUACAUGUAUUUGAAAUACAUAUUUUUAAUUACUUUUGAGUAUUUUGUCAUUUGUAUUUCACUGGCCUGAACUACAUCCAAUGUACAGUUAACUGCCAAAAGGAAGGAAACACCAACAUAAAGUGUCUUAAUAAGGUGUUGGGCCACUUCGAGCCAGAACAGCUUCAAUGCACCUUGUCAUAGAUUCUACAAGUGUCUGGAACUGUAUUGGAGGGAUGCAACACCAUUCUUCUAGGAGAAAUUCCAUCAGUUUUGUUGAUGGUGGUGGAAAACGCUGUCUCAGGCGUCGCUCCAGAAUCUCCCAUAAGCGUUCAAUUGGGUUGAGAUCUGGUGAUUGAGAUGGCCAUGGCAUAUGGUUUACAUUGUUUUUAUGCUUAUCAAACUAUUCAGUGACCACUCAUGCCCUGUGGAUGGCAGCAUUGCCAUCCUAUGGGGCAAUAACUAUGGUAGCCAAAAUAACGGCCUGCCCAGCAUUUUUAUACAUGAUGGAACGUUAAUUACUUAAUUAACUCCGGAACUACACCUGUGUGGAAGCACAUGCUUUCAAUAUGCAUGUACAUGUAUCACUCAUUUACUCAAUUGUUUCCAUUAUUUCAGAAGUUACCUGUAUUUGGUAACAAGAUACUCAGUCUUCUUGGGUAUGACGCUACAAGCUUGGCACACCUGUAUUUGGGGAGUUUCUCCCAUUCUUCUCUGCAGAUCCUCUCAAGCUCUGUCAGGUUGGAUGGGGAACGUCACUGCACAGCUAUUUCCAGGUCUCUCCAGAGAUAUUGGAUUAUGUUCAAAUCCGGGCUCAGGCUGGGCCAAUCAAGGACAUUCAGAGACUUGUCCCGAAGCCACUCCUGCAUUGUCUUGUCUUUUAUUUUUUUAUUUGAUUUAACUAGGCAAGUCAGUUAAGAACAAAUUCUUAUUUAUAAUGACAGCCUAGGAACAGUGGUUUAACUGCCUUGUUCAGGGGCAGAAUGACAGAUUUUUACCUUGUCAGCUCUGGGAUUUGAUCUAGUCUAGCAACCUUUCGGUUACUGGCCCAACGCUCUAACCACUAGUCUACCUGCUGGUUACUGGCCCAACGCUCUAACCACUAGUCUACCUGCCUCCCCUAUGGAGUAAGUUUUCAUCAAGGAUCUCUCUGUACUUUGUUCUGUUCAUCUUUCCCUCAAUCCUGGCUAGUCUCCCAGUCUCUGCCGCUGAAAACCCCCCACAACAUGAUGCUGUCAUGCUUCUGGUUCCCUUCCCCAGAUCUGUGCCUCGACACAAUCCUGUCUCGGAGCUCUUCGGACAGUUCCUUCGACCUCAUGGCUUGGUGUUUGCUCUGACAUGCAUUGUCAACUGUGGGACCUUAUAUAGACAAGUGUGUGCCUUUCCAAAUCAUGUCCAAUCAAUUGAAUUUACCACAGGUGGACCCUGUCGUAAAUCAAGUUGUAGAAACAUCUCAAGGAUGGUCAAUAGAAACAGGAUGCACCUGAGCUCAAUUUCAAGUCUCAUAGCAAAGGUUUUGAAUACUUAUGUAAAUAAGGUAUUUGCAAACAUUUCUAAAAACCUGUUUUCACUUUGUCAUUAUGGGGUAUUGUGUGUAGAUUGAUGUGGGGGAAAAAAACAUUUUUAAUCCAUUUUAGAAUAAGGCUGUAACGUAACAAAAUGAGGAAAAGUCAAGGAGUCUGAAUACUUUCCAAAUGCUCUGUAUAAAUUCCUGUGGAAGCUGGAUGUAUUUCUGGCACACCUGUUUCUGAACAUGGGCUUGUAAAUGAUCUGUUGCUUUGGUAUUCAAUACUUCUUGUUACUCUGCCAUCGACUUUAUUAGAUCAAAUUGGAGUUUCAAAAACCCAGCUCAAAUGACGCAGGGUCAUAAAGUAACCCCAAAUGUCUUCGGGCUGCAUGUAUUUCUGACACCCAGUUUAGGAACAUGGCAAUGGUUGGAGUAGGUCACUGACAGGGGGUAAUUAUUUGGACUACUCGUUGUCACUCUGCCAUUUAAUAUGUUUGUCCAAAGAUCUGUGAAACUUGCUGAAAAACAACACAGCUCCCCAUUUUAUCCAAAUGUACUUUCACACUGCACGCUGAAAAAGUGAAGACCUCAUAAUCUACACUGUGGACCACAGAGAGAUCCUGUACAGGCCCGGCACGUUAUUAUGACCUUAUUAGUUGACCCAUUAAGUCCUUACAUUGGCAAUCGUUAUAGAUUUACAACGACAUAUGUGACCUGGAUAAUAAGAUCUGAAUGAACCAAGCCUAGCUCAGUUGUUUUAUGGAUCAAUGCCACGGCAUGUGACAUUUCACAUCUAGAUUUAGACUGCUGAUCCAGACUUCUGAUCUAGUUUCUGCUGUUUUGCCUACGACGAUGGUACCCUGACCUGUUCACCGGACGUGCUACCUUGUCACAGACUAGCCUAGGCAGCCGCUAGUUGGCGCUAGAUCUGCACCAUCGUCUAGGAUUGAUGUGCAUUCUUCUGUAAUACACUUGUGCCCCCCAUGGACCGACUCGUACAUAAGGCAUCAUCCAUUAAGGCUGUAAAGGCAUCAUUUUCCUCCUUAACUAGCUUUAAUGGCGAGCCUCUGGGGGAAAAAACGGGAAAGAUAUGCGCAUUGUCUAAAUAAAACACAAUUUUCCACCACCAUUUUUGGAUUUUCGUCCAAUUUAGGAUGUUGCACACCCUUGUCUGAAGGCGGUGUAUACGAAGUAUGUGUAAAAGAUAGUGCAGCUCUAGCGCCCACUAUUGGCUGUCUAAGCUAGUCCCGGACCUGCUGUUUUGUCUCUCCCCCACCCUCUCUCUCUCCCCUCUCUCUCUCCAUUGGAUCUGUUAUCUCGACCUCUGAAUACCUGGCUAUGAAAAGCCAACUGACAUUUACUCCUGAGGUGCUGACCUGUUACACCCCUCUAAACCACUGUGAUUAUUAUUUGACACUGCUGGUCAUCUAUGAACCUGUACACAGCUUGAAGAACGAUCUGGCCUAAAUGGCCAUGUACUCUUAUCUCCACCUGGCACAGCCAGAAGAAGACUGGCCACGCCUUGGAGCUGGGUUCCUCUCUAGGUUUUUUUCAUAGGUCCUCGUUUUCCCUAGUCACUGAGCUUCUACUUCUGGACUGCUUGCUGUUUGUGGUUUUAGGCUGGGUAAGCACGUUGACAGCUGCCGAUGUAAAGAGGGCUUUAUAAAAUACAUUUGAUUUGAUUGAACUGGCUGUGACAUUUUGAUGGAUUGUAUCAUGUGCUCAGUUGGCAUAUACAGUGGGGCAAAAAAGUAUUUAGUCAGCCAUCAAUUGUGCAAGUUCUCCCACUUAAAAGAUGAGAGAGGCCUGUAAUUUUCAUGGAAAAUAAGUAUUUGGUCAAUAACAAAAGUUUAUCUCAAUACUUUGUUAUAUACCCUUUGUUGGCAAUGACAGAGGUCAACCGUUUUCUGUAAGCCUUCACAAGGUUUUCACACACUAUUGCUGGUAUUUUGGCCCAUUCCUCCAUGCAGAUCUCCUCUAGAGCAGUGAUGUUUUGGGGCUGUUGCUGGGCAACACGGACUUUCAACUCCCUCCAAAGAUUUUCUAUGGGGUUGAGAUCUGGAGACUGGCUAGGCCACUCCAGAACCUUGAAAUGCUUCUUACGAAGCCACUCCUUUGUUGCCUGGACGGUGUGUUUGGGAUCAUUGUCAUGCUGAAAGACCCAGCCACGUUUCAUCUUCAAUGCCCUUGCUGGUGGAAGGAGGUUUUCACUCAAAAUCUCAUGAUAUAUGGCCCCAUUCAUUCUUUCCUUUAAACGGAUCAGUCAUCCUGGUCCCUUUGCAGAAAAACAGCCCCAAAAAGCAUGAUGUUUCCACCCCCAUGCUUCACAGUAGGUAUGGUGUUCUUUGGAUGCAACUCAGCAUUCUUUGUCCUCCAAACACGACGAGUUGAGUUUUUACCAAAAAGUUCUAUUUUGGUUUCAUCUGAUCAUAUGACAUUCUCCCAAUCUUCUUCUGGAUCAUCCAAAUGCUCUCUAGCAAACUUCAGACGGGCCUGGACAUGUACUGGCUUAAGCAGGGGGACACGUCUGGCACUGCAGGAUUUGAGUCCCUGGUGGCGUAGUGUGUUACUGAUGGUAGGCUUUGUUACUUUGGUCCCAGCUCUCUGCAGGUCAUUCACUAGGUCCCCCCGUGUGGUUUUGGGAUUUUUGCUCACCGUUCUUGUGAUCAUUUUGACCCCACGGGGUGAGAUCUUGCGUGGAGCCCCAGAUCGAGGGAGAUUAUCAGUGGUCUUGUAUGUCUUCCAUUUCCUAAUAAUUGCUCCCACAGUUGAUUUCUUCAAACCAAGCUGCUUACCUAUUGCAGAUUCAGUCUUCCCAGCCUGGUGCAGGUCUACAAUUUUGUUUCUGGUGUCCUCUUUGGUCUUUCAGCUCUUUGGUCUUGGCCAUAGUGGAGUUUGGAGUGUGACUGUUUGAGGUUGUGGACAGGUGUCUUUUUAUACUGAUAACAAGUUCAAACAGGUGCCAUUAAUACAGGUAACGAGUGGAGGACAGAGGAGCCUCUUAAAGAAGAAGUUACAGGUCUGUGAGAGCCAGAAAUCUUGCUUGUUUGUAGGUGACCAAAUGCUUAUUUUCCACCAUAAUUUUCAAAUAAAUUCAUAAAA